CUCAAAAGAUGCGAGAGCACAUGAUAAUUUAAUAUAAAUACUGAGGUGCUGCCAAACAUCCACAUCACCACAGCUGCCUGAACCCCACUCAAGAUGAAGCUAGUCGUCAUCUUCAUGCUUUCGUCUCUGCUGGUCAUGAUCAAUGGCAUGCCGCCCAUCAGCAGAGACUACAACACACACUGUCGCUGCCUGAAGGUGGAGACCAGGAUCAUCCCUCCAGACAGUCUGAGGAGCAUCAAGCUGGUGCCUGAAGGACCCCACUGCCCGGACACAGAGGUCAUAGCCGGACUGUCAAGCGGGGAAAAGGUCUGCUUGGAUCCUAAAUCCUCCUGGGUGAAAAAGCUUGUUCAGUUUGUCCUGGAGAAGCAGCUGCAACACCAGCCAAAGAAUCAAGCCUGAGAUUUUUUUUUUUUUAAAUGCAAAAUGCAGCUGCAGCAACAUCAACUUCCGAACUGCUGACUUAUUUCCAAAGAGCAAAAGUGAUGUAACAAUCCCUCACAUUCUACUGCGUAUACAUCAACUUCACUUUUCAUGAAGUAGGGCAAUGUUGUGAAGAUGGUGUAUUUGAGUGUCAUUUGUGUUGAUAGACAGAAGAGGAUAUUAUCAUUUGAACUUGAUCAUAGUUAAAAACAUCUGUUGUCUUUAUUUGUAUUUUCUUUAUAAAUGCAGCUGCACAACACUGAAAUGCUCACCUAAUCAAAUGCUACAGUGCUGAAAUAUAAUUAAAGAUAAUUCAAAGAAAAAGCACAA